AAUACAAAUAAAAUACUGCAGAAACUAUCCGUUAUUUAAAUAUAAUAAUAUUUAUUUGAUACCGAUGGUAUUUGUAAUAUCUUGCGUAUAUUAUUGUCAAUGGUGCUGCAUUUUUAAUGUCAUUCUUAUCAGAGUAUUAGUUUUAUUUAGAUGAAUUAUAUUAUGUAAAUAAAAUAUACAUUGACGAUAGAAUUAACUGUUACAAGCAUAUUUAAUUGACAGGUAAAGUAUCUUUUCGAACAGGUUCUAUAUGAUUGGCAUGCUUUAACUGAUGCAGAGGAAAUAAAAAUAAUACAAAAAUUCGCGAAUAAAGGAAGAUCGUAUACUAUUUAUACAGGACUAAUACUAUAUAUUGGCAUCUCGAUUUUCGUUGUAUUGUUUUUCAUACCGGAUAUUCUCGAUAUUGUCGCACCAUUGAAAGAGCCUCGGCGUCAUCAACUACCGGUUGUGAUCGAACCCUUUUUCGACCAAGAAAAAUAUUUUUUUUUUAUUAUUAUAAACUUCUUAAUAAUCGCUUUUAUAAGUUUAACUAUAAUAUUGACUACUGAAACUUUAUAUAUGAUAUAUGUACAACACGCUUGCGGUUUAUUGAAACUCACUAGCUAUCGUAUCUUAAACGCAUUUGACAAUCGAUUGCAACAAAUAAGUAUGCCUAACAAUAAAUCGAAGUGCAUCACCUGUAUCAAAUUGUCUAAAGCUAUCAAGAUACACAAACGAUCUUUGGAGUUUAUCGAAUGUUUAUGCUCUACUUUCUCUGCCUCUUUCUUUAUUAUGUGCGUGUUCGGAGUGGCUUCUUUAAGCAUUAAUUUAUUUGAAUUUUUAAAAGCAAUUGAAUCAAAAUACACGAGUCAAGCAAUUCAUUUUGGAAUAUUCGUUUAUGCUCAUUUAUGUUAUAUAUUUUGGAUUAACUAUUUUGGCCAAGCCUUAAUAGAUAAUAGUGCCGACGUGUUUACACAGACUUAUAAUGUACAAUGGUACAUGGUGUCUACACAUAUUCAAAAAAAAGUUUUAUUUAUACUACACAGGUCCUCAAAGAAUGUCAUAUUCGAUGUUGGUAAAAUGUUUGCAUUCUCAUUGGAUGGAAUUGCUACGCUUAUUAACAUGUCUUUGUCAUAUUCUAUGCUACUUUAUUCCACUCGGACAUGAUUUAUAUCGAUAAAAAUGGCUACGAUCUGUCCAUAAUACUUUUUAUACUUUUGAAUACUGUACUAUUACACGAUAAAAUUUUCAGCAUGAUACGCGAGACUUUUACUGUUAUUUAUUGUAUCUCAACUUUUGUUAUUAUUCAUUUGAUUGAUCGCAAUAAAAUAUACAUAGGUCAAUUUGUACUAACAAUAUUAUAAUAAAUUUAUAAAUUGAUGUCAAUAUAAUUGUCUCACAAUAUAGUUUCUGCUUUGCCAGUGACACAUUGCCAAAUUUUUGAAAGACGAUGGACACUUUAGAAUCUAAAGUUUAGAUGACCGGUUUUUCAGAUUUCUGAUCACAAAAGCAAGGCUCUGUGACAGCAAGGCUGUCAAUGUAACGUAAAAUCAUUUGUCUCUGUGAAGUCUUUUUCAGCAGACAAAUUUUAAAAAAGAGACCGCAAUUGCAUUUUGAUUUUUUUUUUGCGUAACUUUAUGCUCGUUGCUAUACUUCAAACCAAAUGAGAGUUUUACUUUCUUGAUGAUUAUACAAAUUUUGGAAACCGUGCUUAAAGUUUUUGCGACUUUAGUGUUUUCUCUCGAAGAUAAAAGAAUCUUUUUGUGGUAUGUUCAGGACAUUGAUAUAUUUUUCGUCAUAACGUUUUCUACGAACACUGGCCAGAAACAAUAAUGUAAAUGUUUGCUAUCUUACAAAUUUAUAUUAUUAUACAUAUUAUUAUACAUAUCAUUGGUAAAACAGAAGAUUAUGUUGCAAAACUGUAAAAUUCUCACCUUUCUGUGUUAUCCAUUUACGAAUUUAUUAUAAAGUUGACAGUACGAAUAAAAUAAUCCAUAUAUAAUUUUCUUAUCAAUGUUUUUUCUUAAGCACAACAUAUGUCCUUUACUCAUGCAUAAUAUUUUCUUCAAAUGCACUUUCAAUCUGUCAAAACUAAUGUUAAAUAUAAUUACACACGUUCUUCUCCAGUUUGGAAACAUAUUCGUGAGACAUAUGUCUUCAGAAGAAAAACUCUCACGCAACAAUCUGCUGUACAAGCGACCAUGAAUGUGGAAAAUUAUUUGUCACAUAUUGCGCGCGCAUAAAAAUUGUGUAACUGCUAUCGUUUUACUACUGGGGGAAAUCAUGAGUGGUUACCUUAAACAUGUAAUUUAGUUGCUUCUUGUUGCAAUCAGUCUCUUGAUAGUCUACGGUACACGAUAGUCGAAUGACUUAUUCACUUUUAUUCAAAAAAUCGUUUUGUAGUAAGAUAAUCUAUAAAUUGUCUUCUCGGUAGAAUUUUCAUAAUUCCAUAUAUUAUCGUCAUCAUAACGCAGAAAAUACAUGCAAUAAGUUUGUAAUAGAUACUAAAAUAUUCCGAUAAUGUGGUAAAAUUGUACCGCGUAAUAUCAUUGGACCGUAAUAUCAUUGGACCGCGUAAUCUUUGCAAAUCUGCGUGCACAAAAUCGCAGCAUUAUCAAUUGGAAUGGAUUUCUUCAACAAUGAGUACUACUUUUCCCGAUAUCUAAUGGAGUUAGUAGGCUUGUGGCCUUAUGAAAGGCCAGAGCGUCGAAUAGUUCGAGGGCUCUGUGUGUCUUUCGUUCUUACUCAAGGCCUACUACUGCAGGUAUCUUUGAUCAUUAUAUCUAUUCUAUUUCUGUAGAAAUAACUGAUUCAUAUUUUUCUCAGAGAUUUAAUAUUAUUUACACAAAAAAUAUAUAUAGUAUAUAUAUUAUAUAAGUUUCUAAGCAUUCACUACAGAUUGAAUGCAGGUGGAUAAAAAAUUACACAAAAUAGAAUUUAAAAAUAAUGAAAGGAAUAAGAAUAAUAACAAAAUUUACAACAUAUAUGUUCUAUGUAAAUUAAGUAAAACAACUCAAAGUGAAGUAGUAUAAUGAAAUAGAAAGAACAAUUUAAUUUUUAUUUGUUAAUUGAAUCAGUGUUUUAUGAAUUUAUAAAAAAAUAUGUAGGACAUUAAAAAAAAAUGAAAAACCAAAUUACAAAAACAUCCAGGAAUAGAGAUUAGUAUAUAUUGUAUAAAGAUUAUUAUAUAUGUAUAUAUAUAUGUAUAUAUAUAAUUGUGAUAAAUAUAUAGAGCGUUUGAAAAUUUUUGAAAUAAUACUUGCAUAGAGGUAGAACGGAUUAAACUGAAUGGAAAAGUUCUCUAACAUUUUGCAGUUUUUGCAAUUAAUGAGUUAUUUAUUUAUAAAAAAAAACCGUAUCCAUCCGGCUUACCGCCAAAUGCACGCACGUGACAAGAUAGGACCGACCAAACAUACGCUCGCCGUCGUUUGUAAGCAACUCCCUGCGUGCGUCGCGAUGGUAGACACGCGUCUCAAAAAUUUUCAAACAUUAUAUAAUUGAAAUAUAAAAAGAUAUAUAAAAAGUAUAUCUAAGUUACAACGUAUAUAAAUUUAAUAUACAUAACGAACAUUCAUAAAUUAUACACUUUAUAUUAAUAUUUAAUUUCUAUGUACAAGAAAAAGUCAUAUACUUAAUUUAAGUAAGAAUUAUGUUUUUAUAUAGUUGACAACGUUUAUCACGCACGAAUUUAAUAUGUCGCUAUUUAUUGACGUCUUCUCAUUUAGUUUUAUUUUUAUAAUUUUGAUUCUGAGAUAUAAUAUAGUGUAUUUUAACUCUAAUCACGUAAGUUAUCUGAAUCAAUUUUAAAAAGUUGUUUAGAAGCAGUUUUAUAAAAUAUUUAUUUAAUCAAUUGAUCAUAAUUGUAGGCGAAAAAUCUGCUUGAUCAAAUUCAGGACGAUUGGAACUUAAUAAACAACGUAGAUGAACUGAAAAUAAUUAAAAAAUAUGUGUAUAAAACAAAGAUUAUAUCGAUUAUUUCUACAUGUAAGUAAAAUAGAAUACCGAUGUUUGUUUCUUACUGAAUAAUAUUUAUACAAUUUAUAUUUAA